CCUUUGUUCAGGUUUUCAUGAUGUGUUUGUGUCUGAUUUGGGUUUGUUUCUUUUCCCUGACAGAUUUGUUUCUCAGCACAGGAUCGAAUUCAGGAUACGGGUUUGAGACUUGGAUCAAUACGGAUGGAAACUUCACCAGGAACUACACGGCGAAGGCACCAGAGAACAUCAAACAAGUGGGCCAGUCUGCGUUCGUCGAUUUCGAUGGAGACGGCUCUCAGGAUCACCUCCUGCCUGUCUGCAUGGACCAAGCAUGUACGAAGAGCGCCAUUUACCUGGCCAAGCCUGGCCAUCCUGAGUGGGUUCCAGUGCUGACAGAUUUCCAGAGGAAGGACUCACUGUGGGGUUUUGUUCCUCCCCCUGACGCGCCCCAGCCAGGGGAGUUUCAUCCCUUCAUCACGUUACACCUGGGCGACUACAACCUGGACGGCUUCCCUGACGCUCUCGUCAUCCUGAAAAACACCAGCAACAGUGCUCAGCAGCAGGCGUUUCUCCUGGAGAACGUGCCGUGUAAUAACGUGAGCUGUAAAGAAGCAGGACGCAUGUUCCGCGUGCACUGGGACCAGUCGGACCUGAACGCCAUCCCCAAAGCCGCCGUUGCCACGUUCUUCGACAUCUAUGAGGAUGGAAUUUUGGACAUGAUCGUGCUGAGUCACACAGAGGGGAAGAAGGAGCUCACCAUCCACGCCCUGAAGAACAACUUUGAGGCUGACGCUUAUUUUGUCAAAGUGAUCGUACUCAGCGGGCUGUGCUCUAACGACUGUCCUGACAAAGUGAAGCCAUUCGGUGUGAAUCAGCCCGGUCCGUAUGUCAUGUACACGUCAGUGGACUCUAACGGCUACCUGAAGAACGCCUCUGCGGGUCAACUCAGUCAGUCAGCACAUCUGUCUCUCCAGCUCCCCUACACCGUCCUGGGCCUCGGCCGCAGUGCCAACUUCCUGGACCACCUUUUCGUCGGCAUUCCCCGCCCCCCCGGGGUCAAGGACAUGAGGAAGCAGGAAUGGACUGCCAUCAUCCCCAACUCUCAGCUCAUUGUCAUUCCUUAUCCAAACAGUGACCCUCGCAGUUGGAGUGCUAAACUCUAUCUGACUCCCAGUAAUAUCGUGUUGCUGACGGCCGUGGCACUGAUCGGAGUAUGUGUUUUUAUCCUGAUAAUCAUCGGAGUGCUGCACUGGCAGGAGAAGAAAGCAGACGACCGUGAGAAGAGACAAGAAGCUCAUCGCUUCCACUUUGACGCCAUGUGAGGAACCGGAUUGCAUCAAGGGAAAAAAAAUUCAGUCUUCAUUAUUCAUCUCACUGGAUCGUUUGUUUAUUUAUUAAUUUAUUCGACGUUUUUUUUUCCCCACCGGCGAUGAUUUUUAUCUGUUUAUCUUCCGAAUGUUAUUGAACUCGUGUGAUUUUGGGAAAUGUUGCCGUUCUGAAUCAUUCGUGAUUUUUUAUUUUUUCCUCUCGUGUUCGCGUGUGACGGACGAUUACUUGAACAUCACUGUACGUGCUUAUAGACGAAGAUUUCCACAAAAAGCAAAGGAAUGUUUCAGUGCCAUUUUAUUCGUCCUUUUGGCAUAAAGUGUUAUGUUAAAUGUGUUUUUUUUUUGUUUGUUUGUUUGUUUUUUUGUUUUUUUCUGACAUCGCAAAAGGGAAAAAUGUCUCUCUUGGACAAAAGAAAAAUCCCAGGGUCCAGUUGUGAGAGAUCAGUCUUUAUUUUUCACAUUUGUUUUAACUCGCAUUAAAAGAAUAACCGCAUCAGUCAUAUUCCUCUGGUCUGCUUUUCAAUAUCUAGGAAUAAAACUCAACAUUUUUUCCUUC